UACAUGAUCAAUCUCACCCUGGGCACCCCUCCUCAGCCUCAGAGCGUAUUGAUCGACACUGGAAGUAGUGACACGAUAUUUCUCGCUGCUGAAUCGUUUUGCACAUCAAAGAAAACUGCUUCCAAAUGCCCCGGUGGGACAUACAAUACAUCGGCUUCAUCCACCUUCAAAAUGCUCUCCCCCAACGGCAUCAAUGCAACUUAUGGCGGAGUCACCACGUCCUCCGACAACAAUGGUGCUCUUGCUGCAGACCUUGUGACUGAUGUGAUCCAAAUCGGUGAUCUCAACAUUGGCGGUGCUCACUUCGGCGCAGCACACCAAAGCAGUGGCAACCUGCUACCCAAUGGCGACUACGCUGGCAUCAUGGGCCUUGCCUAUCCCUAUAUAGAGGCUGUCAAGGAAGGUCAACCAAAGUACCCCACUUUCGUCCAGUCGCUUGUUGACGCCGGCGCCAUUGCUUCGCGUCUCUUCAGUAUCUACCUCAACGAAGUGAGCAGUUACGGCUCUAUCCUCUUUGGUGGUCUCGAUACCGAGAAAUACACCGGCAACCUCACAACCCUGAACAUUCUGCCAAAUAAAGUGGACAACGGUGAGCUAAUGACUAUCACUUACUUCUUGCAUUUGGACGAAGUAUCCAUGACGCACGAGGAUGGCCAGCAGGAGGCAGUCAUCGCACCUGGCGAACAGACCAUGCCUGUGUGGCCAGAUUCUGGCACUUCAGACUGGCUUGUCACUUCUGAGGUCUAUAGCAAGGUCAUCAACAUGACUGGCUCCACACUGGAAGACAAUGUUGGAUUGAUACCUUGCAGCAAGAUUGCAAACAAGACAUCUUUUGCCUUCUCUUUCUCUGGCAAUGGGACUAAUCAUGUCCAGCUGGAAGUCCCUCUUGCCUCAUUCUUCACUCCGGCAGUACUAGAUACCGGUAAGGUUGCACAACUCGGAGGAGAAGAUGCGUGUCGCCUGAUGGUCUCACCGAUCAGUUCAGAGACCAAAUAUAUACUCUUAGGCACUCCUAUCAUGCGCGCUGGAUACUGGAUUUUCGACAUGGAUAACGGACAGAUCUCCAUAGCGCAAGCUCGUCUCUCGUCCACCACUUCCAAUGUCGUUGCUGUCGAGGCUGGACCCCACGGAGUCAUGGACGCAGCGAAGCAGCCAAGUGCACUCGGUGCCCAUCAAACCGUAUCUGUCGACGGCAAUGCUACUGCCUCAGUCAGCCCAUCUCUCGCCACUGCAACCAGCGCAGUGGGACAGACUUCUGGUCCCGAACCUACGGUUUUGAGC